UACAGCAAAUUAUUUGAUUUUCGCUCCAACUCCAAAGGAUUUUUAAGUUGAAACUUGUGUUGAAGUAACGUUGCCUCGAGAGUUAAAUCAACAUGAGGUGACACUUGGAAAAAUCUGAAACGUCUUGCGUCACUGGGAUUCCCCCAAACAUGGAGCCCGUGCCUAAACGGAGAAGGGAGAGUGACGCCGAUUCUUGGGAGGCUUUCCCCGUUCUUUCAGACGACCAGUGUGACGAUAUUAAACUGUUAGAAGCCUAUGCUGCUCCUAUUAUUGACAAGAGGGAAACCUCACGACUAGUCAAGGAAUUAGCAGAGAGUUUUCCUUUACCUGGCCUCCAGCAUAUCAAAAGAGUGAGGGCGUGCAAGGAUAAGAACAGCCCCCAUCCGUUAGAAGUCAUAGUAUGCCUCUCCAGCGAUUUACCAGAGGUAGGUGGCGAAAGCGUUACGCUCUCUGACCUGCUACACUCUCGACCAGUUGACAGCAAUGGCUUGGGAGAACCGUUCGUCGUUAAAAUUCCCGCUAGACCACCUUUGACCAGACCCCAGUUUGAACAAGCCAGCACGCACUGGCCAACAUCUUUCCAUGAGGAUAAACAGGUGACGUCUGCGCUUAAGGGACAACUAUUUACUGCUUCUCAGAAGGCCAAAAUGCAGCAGCACAUGCUAUGUGCCGUGCAGGCUGCCAAAGCAGGACACGAACGCGGUAUGGAUGCCGUUGGUGCUGUCAUAGUUGACCCGGCAUCGGACAGGGUUCUUGCAGUAAGCCAUGACUGUAAGCGCCGCACACAUCCACUGCAUCAUGCUGUAAUGGUUUGUAUUGACCUGAUAGCUCACGGGCAAGGAGGCGGAGCCUACGAUUAUGGUGAAUACCCAGCCUGUCAGUUUAUUAGCCUCGACGCUCAACAGCCUAAAGACCGUGCCGAAUCACCCACCUAUGGAAAUGCUAAUCAGCCUGGUCAAGCGGAGGAAAAAAGUUCUCAGCCUUACAUAUGCACAGGGUACGACCUUUAUGUGACUCGAGAACCAUGCGUAAUGUGUGCAAUGGCACUGGUCCACUCCAGGAUAAGCAGAGUUUUCUAUGGAGCAACUGCAGUAGACGGUGCAUUGGGAACCAAGUACAAAAUCCACACACACACAGACUUAAACCACCACUUCGAAGUUUUCAGAGGCAUCAUGCUUCAUGAGUGUCAAAAUCUGCAAACACUUGAUAAAUGCCUCUUAUAGCUUUGGAUUUACCCAACGUUUUAUUUUCCAUGUGAAUGAGUUCUUAAGCCUUUCAUUAAAAUCUGUGGUUUUAAUAAAAACAUU